ACUCAUAAGUUGAAUUCCAUAAUUACCCUCACCUCCCUAAUUUCGUUCAUGUGAGAGAGCUCGCCCAGAACCUCCCUGCAAGUGUAAACCCCCGGGCGGCCAAAGCCCUGCCCAAACCCUCAAUAAUGUCCCCCAUAAUCUCAAGAAUCCCAUCCAAAUCUCUAACCAGGCUCUUCACCCUCACCCCGAGACCGCUCUCCCGCGUUCUCUGCAUGGCUACCGAGACUCGGGAGCAGAAGCUCGAGCGAAUCGCUGACGAGCUUUUGGACCUCAACAAGCUCGAGCGCUACGACUAUGCGAUCCUCUCGAGGCUCCGGAUGGGCCUCAAUAAGUACGGUCCCGCACUUUCCGGGCUCGGCCCAUCAUCCGCAUCCGCCGGAUCCGGUACAGGGUCUGCCGAUGAGGCCAAAUCUACCGAGAAGACGGCGUUCGAUAUCAAGCUCGAGAAGUUCGACGCGGCGUCCAAGAUUAAGAUAAUAAAGGAGGUGAGGACGUUCACGGAUUUGGGUCUGAAGGAGGCCAAGGACUUGGUGGAGAAAGCGCCCGUGGUGUUGAAGAAGGGACUCACCAAAGAGGAGGCCGAUUCCAUUGUUGCCAAGUUCAAGGACUUGGGUGCUACUGUGGUAUUGGAAUGACAAUUAUUAUUAUUUUUAACUUUUCGGAUUUAGUUUUUUGAUGUAGAAUAAUCGCGUCUUACAUUAAUGGGAAAUGAGAAUUUUGUUUGUGGGAAGUCAGUUUCUGUUAUCGGGUGCUUUUAUAUGAUCCCAGUUUUACUGAGAA